AAUCCCCUGAUCAGCGCAUACCAGAUAUUCCAGGAGAAAGACUUGACACUCCAGCCCCAGGCAUUAGCACCAUGUCUUACCUUCCAGCCCUGUUCAAGUACGUGGAUGAACACCAGGAUGAAUAUGUCCAGCGCCUGGGUGAGUGGGUGGCCGUACAGAGCGUCUCGGCCUGGCCCGAGAAACGUGGCGAGAUCAAGAAAAUGAUGGAGAUGGCAGCCAAAGACAUAGAGAGGCUGGGCGGGACGACCGAGCUGGUGGACAUCGGGAAACAAAAGAUGCCAGGCGGUGAAGAGAUUCCUCUCCCUCCUAUAAUCCUGGGUAGGCUUGGUUCUGACCCGGGCAAGAAGACUGUGUGCAUCUAUGGGCACCUAGAUGUCCAACCUGCGCAUAUUGAGGAUGGUUGGGACUCUGAGCCCUUCACUUUGGUGGAGAGAGACGGAAAACUUUAUGGGCGUGGAUCUACUGAUGACAAAGGCCCUGUGCUCGCCUGGUUUAAUGUCAUUGAGGCAUUUCAGAAGAUAGGACAGGAGCUGCCCAUCAACAUCAAGUUCUGUUUUGAGGGGAUGGAGGAGUCCGGCUCUGAGGGUUUGGAUGAUUUGGUGUUCUCACGCAAAGACUCGUUCUUUAAAGACGUGGACUACGUUUGCAUCUCGGACAACUACUGGCUGGGGAAGACCAAACCCUGCAUUACAUACGGCUUGAGAGGAAUCUGCUACUUCUUUUUAGAGGUCGAAUGCUGCGAUAAGGAUCUGCAUUCUGGAGUGUUCGGUGGCUCUGUUCAUGAAGCCAUGACUGACCUGAUUACUCUCAUGGGCUCAUUGGUGGAUAAGAAGGGAAAGAUCCUUGUGCCGGGGAUGUAUGAUGGUGUUGCCGAGCUCACUAAUGAGGAGAGAAAGCUUUAUGAGAAGAUCGAGUUCGACCUGGAAGAGUACACCAAAGACGUGGGAGCCCAGCGUCUUCUGCACAGCACUAAGGAGCAAGUGCUGAUGCACCGCUGGAGGUACCCUUCUCUUUCACUGCAUGGCAUCGAGGGUGCUUUUUCUGCCGGCGGAGCCAAGACGGUCAUCCCGCGCAAAGUCAUCGGCAAGUUCUCCAUUCGCUUGGUGCCUGACAUGGACCCCAAAGUGGUGGAGGAGCAGGUCGUCUCCUACCUCAAUAAGAAGUUUGCCGAGCUGGAGAGCCCCAACAAAAUGAAGGUGACCAUGGGCCACGGCGCCAAGGCCUGGGUGUCUGAUUUUAACCAUCCUCACUACAUGGCUGGUAGAAAAGCCAUGAAGACUGUGUUUGGUGUUGAGCCAGAUCUGACCCGCGAGGGAGGAAGUAUCCCCGUCACUCUGACUUUCCAAGAGGCUACCGGACGCAACGUCAUGCUGCUUCCUGUCGGCUCAUCAGACGACGGAGCUCACUCUCAAAAUGAGAAACUCAACAGGUCCAACUACAUCCAGGGUACUAAAAUGUUGGGCGCUUACUUCCAUGAAGUGUCGCAGCUCAGUUAACAGGAUUGCUGUGGAUCAGUGUAACCAAGACGGCUUAAAAAGGGAAUAAAAAUCAUCCUUCUUAAAUUAGGAGGUUUUGUAAUUAGAUGGAAUAUUUAACACCAGAAUGCCUGUCAAUAACAAUGAAGUAUAUAUAAAAAAAAAACUGUGAUAUUUAAAUCAGGUAUUAUUUUCAGUGAUAAACACAAGCAUUAGUCUAAAUAUUAGACUCGGUGGUUUAGGUUGUCAUGUGACCUAAUGACGGAUCAAACUGAAGCAAACGACUGACAAGAUACAUGAGAACUUUAUGUGUAACAAGUAAAAGCUGGUUCUUGUGUUUUAAUCCAACCCUGUAUAAACAAAUCAUGAAAUAAACAUGUAGCUGCUCUGGAGGCUUAAA